AUGCGCUGGAUCGGCUGGGACGUCGCAGCAUCGGAGAGAAGAAAGCGGACAGAGGAAGCGCAUUCUCGUUCAUCUCUAUUUUUCGACGAGAAGUCGCUGUACGUGGACAUCGACUUUGGCUUCAGUGAAGAAGGAGUCAGAUCGCAUGCGAAAAAGAAGAAAGCUGCAGCUAAGAAAAACAAUAUUUCGAAUGCGCUCGAUGAUGGCGAUAAGAACGAGGGCGCGGCUGGAGGUGGAGACGGUGGCGGAGGCGAUGCUCCCGCAGAUGGUGCGGGCGGCGAUGGUGGCGACGACAAGAAAGGAGGAAAGAAGAGCAAGAAAGAGGAGGAGGAGGAAGAGGAGCGCGCCAAGAAAGAGGAGGAAGAGCGGAUAGCCAAGGAGGAGGAGGAAGCACGACUAGCAAAAGAGGCGGAAGAAGAGGCCGAGCGCAAGAAGAAGGAAGAGGAAGAAGCCGCUGCUGCUGCGGCGGAACCAGCCGCUAAUAAUGACGACUGGGGAAGCUUUGCAGCGACAACAACGGGGAAGAAGAAGAAGGGCAAAAAGGGGAAGGUUUGUAAUCUCGCAUACGCGGAGCCGACACCACCACCUCCUCCGCCAGCCCCAGCAGAGCCAGCGACUUCAUUCGACGAUAUCAAACUGGACGAUGUCAACCUAGAUGACGGUGCGCCAAAGAUCGACAUGAAUUUCGGCGACUCCAAGGAUAAGUCGGGAUCUGGACUCGGCGGGUUGGAUAACUGGUCUUCUGGAUGGGGUGAAUCGACCAAGUCAGCUGGUGGCUGGGGAUUUGGCGACUCCAAAGGCGGGGACGGUGGAGGUGACAACCCUUGGGAUUCUGCGGAUAAGAAAAAGAAGGACUCUUCGGGCUUCGACUUCGAUUUCGAUGCGUUCAAGGGCGGUUCGCAGGCGGCACCACCACCAGAGGACGAUGGCUGGGGAGGCAUCACUACGACGAAAUCGAAAAAGAAGGGUAAGAAGGGAGCACUGAUCGAGGAACCCGUUCCGGAGCCAGUGGCAGAACCAGAGCCUUCACCACCUGAACCUGAGAAGAAGGACGAGGAUGACCCGUGGGCUUUCUCCUUUGGCGCUUCGUCAAAGGACAAGAAGAAAAAGAAGAAAGGCGCCGUCGAAGAAGCACCACCUCCUCCACCAGAUCCCGAACCGCCCGCGGAACCUGAACCAGUCCCGGAACCAGAGCCUGUGAAGGAGGACGACCCGUGGGGAUUUGCAUCGACGUCAACGAAGAAGAAGAAAAAGAAGGGCAAAGAAGAGCCCAAGGUCGAGGAACCCCCUCCAGAGCCGGAAGUCAUACCUGAACCUGAACCUGAGCCUGAGCCUGAACCUGAACCUGAACCUGAACCCGAGCCGGCCAAAGAAGAGCCGGCGGUCGACCCGUUUGCUGGACUCAGCAAGUCGCAAAAGAAGAAGCUCCAGGACAAGAUGAAGAAAGAGGCCAAAGAGGCGGCAGCGAAAGCGGAAGAAGAUGCUGCAGCCAAGGCAGAAGAAGACGCCAAGCGGAAAGAGGAAGAGGAUGCUGCAGCUGAGCUUGCGGCGCAAGAGGCGGAGGCGGAGGCAGAACGUCUACGUUUAGAGGAGGAAGAGGCCGAAAAGAAGAGACUCGAGGAAGAGGCUGCUGCUGCCGCUGUCGCCGCCGCCGAGGUUGCACCUACGACUAGCAAGAAGAAGAAAAAGAAGAAGGGCGCCGUUGAGGAGGACCCUGCACCUCCGCCCCCGCCUCCCCCAGAACCUGAGCCGGUAGUCGAGCCUGAACCUAGUCCUCCUACGGAAGAGAAACCUGUAGAAGAUUGGGGUGAUUGGGGUGCAGCCGCUGCUCCAGUGAAGAAGAAGAAAGGUAAGAAGGGCGCAGCCGCUGUCGUUCCAGAUCCGCCCAAGGAAGAAGAGCCCAUCGUCGAACCCGAACCCGAACCCGAAGCGGUACCUGAACCUGAGCCUGCGAAAGAGGAUGCAGCAGAAGAAGGCGGUGAUUGGGGAUUCAGUUCGAUAUGGGGCGGCGGCAAGAAGAAGAAGAAGGGUAAAGGCGCCGAACUUGAACCGCCGCCACCGCCGCCAGAACCGUUACAAAUCGAAGCUGCUGCUCAAGAACCCGAUGCCGUCGAAGAGCCGAAAGCGGAGGACGAAGACGAAUGGGGCAUGCCAUCAUGGGGUAACAAGAAGAAGGAUCCGAAGAAGGGCGCUCCAGUCGAAGUCAUCGAAGACACUACGACACCUGUUCAGAAGCCUGACGAAGACGACCCAUGGGGAAGCGCUGCAUUCAACAUCGGGAAGAAAAGCAAAAAGAGCAAGAAAGGCCUCAUUGCAGACUUGGCAUCGCCGCCUCCUGAGGCAGAGCCAGAAGCCCCACCCCCCAAAGAGAUCGAAGCGCCGCCAGAGGAGGCUCCCAACGAUGAUGACCUGUGGAUUCCUCGAGGGCUUGCACCUGUUACGAAGAAGAAGAAAAAGAAGGGUGAAGUCAUAGAGGAGCCGCUCACCAAGACAACAAGUAAAGAAUCUGCGCCGAAAAAUGACAUGGUAGAAGACCUCAUUUCUCUUGACGAUCCUCCCCCAGUGGAAGAGAAGAAGGAAAAGAAAGAGUCCAAGUUCGGAAGCGUCUUUGGUGUGUCUUUGAAGUCUGCCAAGAAGGAAAAGACGGUCGAGAAGCCUCCUAAGGCAGAAACACCGACUGAGAAGAGGGUCCGUGAAAGGCGCGAGAGGAAAGAACGCGAGGAAGAAAGGCAGAAGAGGAGCGUCUUGCACGAGAAGCCGAAGAGGCUGCUGCCGCUGAACAGGCCCAAGAUCGAGGCCGAGGCAGCAGAAGCAGAAGCAGAAGCAGCUCGCAUCGCCGAGGAAGAAGCAGAAACAGCUCGUCUCGCGGCAGAGGAAGAGGAGCGGAAGAAGAAAGAGGAGGAAGAGGCGUCAAAGAGCACGGGAUGGGCGGCCAGCAUCUGGGGCUCUUCAAAGAAAAAGGAGAGCACCAAGGAUCGCAAAGCUCGUGAGAAGAGGGAGAAGGAAGAACAGGAGGAGAAGGAGCGCCUCGCACAGGAAGAGGCUGAUAGGAUUGCAGCUGAAGAGGCUGCGGAAGCUGCGCGAAUUGCGGAAGAAGAGGCCGAGGCAGCACGCGUUGCGGAAGAAGAAGCUGAGGCCGCGCGGAUCGCUGAAGAAGCCGAAGCAGCUCGCAUCGCAGCAGAAGAGGCUGAGGCCGAGGCCGCUAGACUCGCCGCAGAAGAAGAAGAGCGCAAGAGGAAAGAGAAGGAGGAAGAAGAGGCUGCAUCAAAGAGCUCUGGAUGGGGUCUUUUCGGUCUCACCAAGAAGAAGGAGACCUCGAAGCAAAAGCGCGAGCGUGAAGCCAAGGAGAAGAAGGCACGCGAGGAGGAAGAGAAACGCGCUCAAGAGGCGAAGGAAGCUGAAGAGGCUGAGGCGGAAGCUGCGCGAAUUGCAGAAGAAGAGGCUGAGGCAACACGGAUUGCGGAGGAAGAAGCUGAGGCCGCGCGCAUCGCGGAAGAAGAGGCCGAGGCAGCUCGCAUUGCAGCAGAGGCAGAAGCCGCAGCGGCAGCACCCGUUUCGUCAAAAGAGAAGAAAAAGAAGAAGAAAAGGGGUGUUGUUGUCGAAGAAGAACCUCCGCCUCCGCCACCCGAACCCGCGAACGACGAUCCCGACGCGGCCCUGUUCGACUUGGUCAAAGAUAUACCCGAAGAUGAGCUGUUAGCAGAGCUCGGCGAAGAGCUCAGGAGUGAACCCAAGGAUGAAACACCGUUCGGCAGUUGGGGAGACAGCAUCAAGAAGGAUAUCAAGAAGACAGAGCCCAAGAAGGAGGAGUCAGGCGGCAACGGGUGGGGAAGUGCUUGGGGCAUCUCGCUGCGCAAGACGAAGAAAGUCGAGCCUGAGGUCGUUGAAGAAGAGCCCGUCGCUGAACCAGAACCUGAACCAGAACCAGAACCUGAAGAGGUUCCAGAAGAGGUUCCGGAAGAGGUUCCGGAAGAGGUGCCCGAAGUCCCAGAGCCUCCUGUCGAAGAACUCCCCAUUCGCGUCAAGGGAUCUAAGAAGUCAAAGUCAAGCAAGAGAGACAAACACAAGGAGCCAGAGCCCGAACCGAUCGUCGAAGAACCUGCCCCAGAACCUGAGCCAUCUCCGGAUGAUAUCGUUGAGAUUAUCGAUGAGGCACCGAAGAAGAAGUCCUCCAAGAAAGACAAGGAGUCGUCCAAGAAGGACAAAAAGUCUAAGAGGCAUAAGGUUCUUGAAGACGCUCCUCCACUCGAGAUCCCCCCGCCCGAUCCGGAGCCUGAUGAGUCUAUCGCGAGGCGAUCGCCUGUACCAGGCGGAUUCCCCGACGAAGAUGCGGAUUUGAUCAACUUGGAGGAGGCCGAACCCGAAUUUGUCGACGCAUCACCUGAUCCAGAACCGGAAGCUGAACCGGAAGCUGAACCGGAAGCUGAACCUGAACCUGCACCGGAGCCUGUUCUGACUGAGAAGGAAAUUAGGAAGCUCAAGAAAUCCAAGAAGAGCAGUAAGAGGACAGACUACUUUGAAGACGCCCCACCUCCGCCUCCGCCUGAGCCUGAGCCUGUCAUGACGGAGAAGGAACUCAGAAAGCUCAAGAAGUCUAAGAAGAGUAGCAGACACAAGACAGAGCCCAUUAUCGAAGAAGCUCCGCCGCCUCCACCUGAGCCUGAAGCAGAUCCUGAACCCGAACCCGAAGCAGAGCCUGAAGCAGAGGCAGAGCCUGAAGCGGAAGCAGAAGCAGAGGCAGAGGGAGAACCUGAAGCUGAAGCAGAACCAGAAGUGGUACCGGAACCGGAACCAGAACCAGAACCAGAGCCAGUUCUGACUGAGAAAGAAAGGCGGAGGCUCAAAAAGUCUAAGAAGAGCAGUAGACACAGGGAAGAGCCCAUUGUCGAAGAGGCUCCACCUCCACCUCCGCCGCCUCCAGCGCCUGAGUCAGAUGCUGAGUUUGUAGAUGCUUCAGGAGAGCGCGACUUGAUGGACUUCGAUGAGCCUGCACCAGAGGACGCCGAUGAAGACGCCGCACGACCUCCAACGCCCCCUCCUGAGCCUGUGCCGGUCCCCAAAUCCAUCUCACCAAAGAAAGAGCGCGCCAAGGUCAAUCGCGGCGGCGGAUCAGGGUCAUGGGGUUUCUGGGGCGGUGGUGCACCAGCGAAGAAGUCUGGCACUCGCACCAAGUCGGGUGACGAGUCUGCCAGCGCUGUGACUGGUCCCAACCCAGGCAUGGUUCGCACAAAGUCGGUACGCACUACGUCUACCAGGGACAAGGACGUCAUCUCAAGAUCGUCUGGUUCUGACAAGAUGUCGAAAAACCCGUCCCGCGCAAAGUCGGUUCGCACUGCGUCUGGCUUUGGACUAUUUGGGGUUGCGCCCCCACCUUCUCGGUCCAAAUCGCAUAGAACCUCCGCUACACCCAAAGCGCACUCGCGCCGGCCUUCUGUUGACCAGGACGCAGCCAUGAUGUCUCCACCGCACACCGACACAGAGAGGAAGGCCUCUUCGAAAGCCGCCAGGGUCAUGGGCAUGAAAUCAGCGUCGCGCAGGACAAGCACCAGGGAGAAGGGCAAGAGUCGAGGUAAGAUCCCCUCGUUCGGCCAGGCCAGCCCGCGAUUGGCUGGUGCUGGCGUGAGCAAUAUCAGCGUGCUAACCCAUUGCGCAGCCGUUCCAGACCCGUAUCCCAUCGACGAUGACCUGGAUCUGCUCGACGAUGAGUCUCCUGCACCAACGUCACGACCUGAACCAUCGCGCCGAAAAUCAAAGCGCGACUCGGUGCAGCCGGCAGAACCCUUGACGGCACCGCCAAGCGCCGACGAUCCGGUUGUUAUCGAACGCAUGGAAGUGGAUCCUGCCCCAGCUGAGGCUGAACGUCCCCGCCACCGCGAACGAGAGCGAGAACGAGAACGCCCUCGCCGCGAACGUGGCAACUCCGACGCAAUGGCUACCCUCGCUGGUGUCGCAGGCACUGCUGCUGCUGUGAGCGGCUUCAAGAAUAUGUUUGGUCUCGGUCGCAAGAAGGGUGCUGCACCCGAAGACGACCGUCGCGCCCGGCGCAACGCUUACGAGACCGAGGACGACCGCAGACGUCGCAAGCAGUCUACCACCCGCGGUGGCAUGACUGAAGAUGAAGCAAAGCGAUUGCGACAUGAGCGCCGUAGCGUGCGCAAGUCCACGCGCGUACCCGAUGGUGAGCCAGAGCCGAUGAUGACUGGCGCCAAUGGCAGUGGGGAGGUCGAUGCUGAGCGCGAAGCCCGCCGAGCAGCGCGCCGGGCCAGACAUGAGCAGGAGAAGGAGUCUCGACGAGCUGAGCUUGAGGAAGUUGAGGCCAAGGCUGAGCGCCGCCGCGAAAAGACGCGCGAUACCGAGGCAGACACACUCGCAGAGAAGAAGGCCCGGCAGAGGGCUGAGCUCGAGCGUCGCAACAAGCUGGCCGAAGAGGAACUGCGUCGCAUGGCAGAAAAGGAAGAGAAGCGCAAGUCGCGCCGACCCGCCGAGGACGGCACUCGCGAACAUCGCUCUUCGCGCCGCAAAGACAAGGAGCCGCGCGAGACAUCUCGACCUCACAACGAACGCCGUCGCUCUCAUCUCGACGACGAUGCCGAACGUCGCCGCCGCCACGAGGAGCGCCGCGCCGCCCGCCGCAACUCGGAAUACCCAGCCCAGCCCAACGGCGAGCCCAUCAACGACUACUUCGACGAGCGCAAUGGCGCGCACCGCCCCUCAACCACCAAGCGCAACUCGCGCCGCACGGCCGACGAAGAGCAAAACAUGCCCUACAUCAACAAAGGUCCCGACAAGACCUCCUCGUGGGUCCAAUCCCUCACCGAAGAACCCCCUCUCCCGCCACCCAUUUCCGAAACGGUGCUCGACCCCGUCCCCGGCGCCCUCGACGAGGAAGACACGCCCUCCCAAGACGACGAGAUCCGCAUGCGCAUCCAGGGCCGCAAUCGCGGCAAGCGCGGCGACAAGGAGCGCAAGGACGACAAAGACAGGAAGCAUUCGCGCCGUAAGAGCCAUUACGAGGGCACGGUCGAAGACGCUGGCGCCGGCGCUGAGAGGAAGAAGGAGCGCCGCAAGACUUAUGCGAAUCCGCCGUAUGAAGAGGUGCCCGUGCGUACAUGGGAUGGAAGACCGGCGGUCGAUGGGAAUGGCGGGCAGGGGAAGAGGGGAAGUUGGUUUAAGAAGAUUUUUUAG